CAACCGGGGAAGGUGCCUCGCAGCUUUCCCAGGAGCGUUUCGGGGCUUCUCCAGCAGAGAGAGCUAGCAGGGCACCAGCCGGACAAAAGCUGGCAGGCUGACAAACAGGCAGCUAACAGGACGGACUUUCUGGCUACUGACCAUUUAGCUGUGGCAUACCCGGAUUGUGUGUAGGUGGGAAAUCGACAAUGAGCUCUGUGGCAGUUUUGACCCAGGAGAGCUUCGCUGAACACCGCAGCGGCCUGGCUCAGCAGCAGGUGAAAGUUGCAGCUUUAAACUCUGAAGAGGAAAAUGACCCUCCAACUUAUAAGGAUGCCUUUCCUCCACUCCCUGAGAAAGCAGCAUGUUUGGAACCUGCCCAGGAACCGGCUGGUGCCUGGAGCAAAAUUCGACCGAUCAAGGCUUCUGUCAUCACUCAGGUGUUUCAUGUACCGCUGGAGGAAAGGAAAUACAAGGACAUGAACCAGUUUGGAGAAGGAGAGCAGGCCAAGAUCUGCCUGGACAUCAUGCAGAAGACUGGUGCUCACCUGGAGCUCUCUCUCGCAAAGGACCAGGGUCUUUCGAUCAUGGUCUCUGGCAAGCUGGAAGCAGUCAUGAAAGCUCGGAAGGAGAUUGUCGCUCGGCUUCAGACACAGGCUUCAGCAACAGUUGCCAUUCCCAAGGAGCAUCAUCGCUUUGUCAUUGGCAAGAAUGGCGAGAAGCUGCAGGACCUGGAGCUCAAAACUGCAACCAAAAUCCAGAUCCCCCGCCCGGACGACCCCAGCAACCAGAUCAAGAUCACCGGCACCAAGGAAGGGAUAGAGAAGGCCCGACACGAGAUCCUGCUGAUCUCCGCUGAGCAGGAUAAGCGUGCAGUGGAGAGACUGGAUGUGGAUAAAGUGUACCACCCCUUCAUUGCUGGCCCUUUCAACAAGCUGGUGAGUGAGAUCAUGCAGGAGACAGGGACACGCAUCAACAUUCCACCACCCAGCGUCAACAAGACCGAGAUAGUCUUCACAGGUGAAAAGGAGCAGCUGGCCCAAGCUGUAGCUCGUAUUAAGAAGAUCUAUGAGGAGAAGAAAAAAAAGACUACGACCAUUGCAGUGGAGGUGAAAAAGUCCCAGCACAAAUAUGUCAUUGGCCCCAAGGGGAAUUCCCUGCAGGAGAUCUUGGAGAAAACUGGAGUCUCAGUCGAGAUCCCACCCACUGACAGCAGCUCUGAGACGGUGAUACUGCGUGGCGAGCCUGAAAAACUUGGGCAGGCAUUGACUGAAGUCUAUGCCAAGGCUAACAGCUUCACCGUCUCCUCAGUCUCUGCCCCCUCCUGGCUUCACCGUUUCAUCAUUGGAAAGAAAGGACAAAAUCUGGCCAAAAUCACUCAGCAGAUGCCAAAGGUUCAUAUCGAGUUCACUGAAGGGGAGGAUAAAAUCACCCUUGAGGGACCCACAGAGGACGUGAAUGUGGCUCAGGAACAGAUUGAGGUCAUGGUCAAGGAUCUGAUAAACCGGAUGGAUUACGUGGAGAUCAAUGUUGACCACAAGUUCCACCGACACCUCAUUGGAAAGAAUGGAGCCAAUAUUAACAGGAUCAAAGAUCAGUACAAGGUGUCUGUGCGUAUUCCUCCAGACAAUGAGAAGAGCAACCUGAUCAGAAUUGAAGGAGACCCUCAAGGUGUCCACCAGGCCAAGAAGGAGCUGCUGGAACUUGCUUCACGUAUGGAAAACGAACGUACCAAGGACCUAAUUAUUGAGCAGAGAUUCCAUCGAACCAUCAUUGGGCAGAAGGGUGAGCGGAUCCGGGAAAUCCGAGAUAAAUUCCCAGAGGUUAUCAUCAACUUCCCAGACCCAGCACACAAGAGCGACAUUGUCCAACUUAGAGGACCCAAGAACGAGGUGGAAAAAUGCACAAAGUACAUGCAGAAGAUGGUGGCAGACCUGGUUGAAAACAGCUUUUCUAUUUCUGUUCCCAUCUUCAAACAAUUCCACAAGAACAUCAUUGGGAAAGGAGGUGCCAACAUCAAAAAGAUCCGUGAAGAAAGCAACACCAAGAUCGAUCUCCCAGCAGAGAACAGCAACUCAGAGACAAUCAUCAUCACUGGCAAGAGAGCAAACUGUGAAGCUGCUCGCCACCGAAUUCUCUCCAUCCAAAAAGAGCUGGCUGACAUCACAGAGGUUGAGGUCUCCAUCCCCUCAAAGCUCCACAACUCCCUCAUCGGUGCCAAAGGACGCUUCAUUCGCUCGAUCAUGGAGGAGUGUGGUGGGGUCCACAUCCACUUUCCCACAGAGGGCUCUGGCAGUGAUACCGUCACCAUCAGAGGCCCUGCUCAGGAUGUGGAGAAGGCCAAGAAACAGCUGCUGCACCUGGCAGAGGAGAAGCAAACUAAAAGUUACACAGUGGACCUUCGUGCCAAGCCAGAGUAUCACAAAUUCCUGAUUGGCAAAGGUGGUGGCAAUAUCCGCAAGGUGCGUGAUAACACGGGGGCCCGCAUCAUCUUCCCAACCUCUGAAGACAAAGACCAGGAGCUGAUUACCAUCAUGGGGACCGAGGGGGCUGUCAAGGAGGCUCAGAAGGAGUUGGAGGCACUCAUCAAGAACCUGGAUAAUGUGGUUGAGGACUUCAUGGUGGUGGACCCCAAGCACCACCGACACUUUGUAAUCCGGAGAGGGCAGGUUCUCCGUGAGAUUGCUGAUGAAUACGGUGGUGUGAUGGUCAGUUUCCCCCGCUCUGGCACCCAGAGUGACAAGGUCACCCUCAAGGGAGCAAAGGACUGUGUGGAGGCAGCCAAGAAACGCAUCCUGGAGAUCAUUGAGGACCUGGAAGCUCAGGUGACAAUAGAGUGCACCAUCCCCCAGAAGUUUCACCGCUCCAUCAUGGGCCCCAAAGGUUCCCGAAUUCAGCAGAUCACCCGCGACUAUGGUGUUCAGAUCAAAUUCCCCGACAGGGAGGAGAACCCAGCCCCUGCCACAGAACCAGCCAUGCAGGAGAAUGGAGAGGAAAGUGGGGAAGGAAAAGAAGCUAAGGAAACUGAUCCCACUUCCCCAAAGAAGUGCGACAUUAUCAUCAUUUCUGGCCGCAGAGAAAAAUGUGAGGCAGCCAAAGAGGCGCUGCAGGCUCUGGUUCCUGUCACCACUGAGGUGGAAGUGCCCUUUGACCUUCACCGUUACAUCAUUGGUCAGAAAGGAAGUGGAAUCCGCAAAAUGAUGGACGAGUUUGAAGUGAACAUACAAGUCCCUGCCCCUGAGCUUCGGUCUGAUGUCAUCAGUAUCACUGGGCUUGCUGCAAACUUGGACCGCGCGAAGGCCGGGCUGCUGGAGCGAGUGAAGGAACUGCAGGCUGAGCAAGAAGAUCGGGCCUUGCGAAGCUUCAAGCUGACUGUCACUGUGGACCCCAAAUACCACCCUAAAAUUAUUGGAAGGAAGGGGGCAGUGAUCACCCAGAUCCGCACGGAGCAUGAGGUCAACAUCCAGUUUCCGGAUAAGGAUGAUGAAAAUCAGUCCCAGGAUCAGAUCACCAUAACUGGCUAUGAAAAGAACACCGAGGCAGCCCGAGACGCCAUCAUGAAGAUUGUGGGCGAGCUGGAGCAGAUGGUCUCUGAGGAUGUGAUGCUGGACCAUCGUGUUCAUGCCCGCAUCAUUGGAGCACGGGGCAAAGCCAUCCGCAAAAUCAUGGAUGAGUUCAAGGUGGAUAUCCGCUUCCCCCAGAGCGGCGCGUCUGACCCCAACUGUGUGACUGUGACCGGGCUCCCUGAUAACGUGGAGGAAGCAAUAGAUCAUAUCCUGAACUUGGAGGAGGAAUAUCUGGCUGAUGUGGUGGACAAUGAGGCGAUGCAGGUGUACAUGAAACCCUCCGCGCAUGAGGAGUCCAAGGCCCCAUCCAAGGGAUUUGUGGUGAGAGAUGCCCCCUGGGCAGCUGGCAACAAUGAGAAGGCCCCUGAUAUGAGCAGUUCUGAAGAUUUCCCCAGCUUUGGGGCUCAAGUGGCCCCCAAGACUCUUCCCUGGGGCCCCAAACGAUAAUGACCUGGAAGCAGGAACAUCUCCUCCAGCUAGCUGACCUGACACUAACCUGCCACAAAUACUUCCUGUUUGAAUUCUGACCCAGCGGCUGGACCACAAGUAAAUUGCCCUGCGAGGUCUCCUAAUGCUGUGUGGAGUGCUAGAACCCAUUCUACUUGUCUGUUGUUACUGGGUUUAGGACCUACUAUAAAUGGAUAGUUCUCUUCCUUCCCCCACCCCAAGCUUUCCACUCUGAUUCAGACACAGCUUUUUGUUUGAAACGUCAUAAGUGACUUUCAUCUGCUAAGCUUCACAACUACCGAAGUGGUGACAGUGAUCAGAUACCUUGAGCAUGUCUUGCUAGGCACUCCAGCCUUCAUUAGGAGACCUCCUUUACUGUGGCUAGGAAUCAACUUCCUGUCUCAUGACCUCAGGAAAUAAAUUUCCUUGACUUUCUAAAAGCCAAAACGUUUGCCCUCUUUCCUUUGUGUUUAUCCUGGACCUUACCUUACUAUUGUAGAGUGCAAUCAGCUUUUCCUUUGAACUGCCAAAAAUCCAUCUAACAGUGAUAGUGGAUGUGGGGAGUGAGCUAAAAGUCUAAAGAUUAGAAACUGCUUUUAAAGGAACAAUACAAUAAUCUGUAGAAGCAACGACACUGGAAGGGACCAGCAGUGACACAAGGGAUCCCCUGGUCAAGUAGAAAAGCCUUUGAGUGAUAUGUGGCACUGAGCGUGUCCAUGUGUAGCAUUGAGAGCCUCGAUUCUCACAUGCACACUUGAUGAGUCUUCCAACAUGUGAGAGUAAAAAAUAUAGCUACUUCCCAGUGUUCCCCUUUCUCCCCUUGUUUGUUCUUCCCAACAGCAGCAGAGCUGGUCAGAGCCAGGACAUGACAGUAUUAUGGGGUGCAACAGAAUUUGGGUCAGCCCAGGUUGCUAUAGUAACAUGGCCCAGGAGCUAGCUGAUGGGAACUGCAAUGCUGAAGCUACAUAAUUUUCCCCCUCCCACUGACAGCAUUUGGACACAAGGGGUAGGGAAUUUGUCACUAUUUGCUAUUGCCUUCUUUCUACCUCAAAAACCAGUCUGGGGGUGGCCUCCUAGUCUAGAGCGUCAGCACUGAUGCUAACCUGCUCAUCUCACUGUGGGGGCCAGAGCUGAAUUCUCUGCACCAGGUGCAGGGAGAGCUGAAGAGCAUCAAUCAGCAUAUGUAGCUGUUGGAAACAUGCACAUGCGCGCGAAACUAAGAGUAAGGUUACGGUGUAACAUACUCCCACCCCUUAGAGCGGUAGUACUCAGCCAGAAGGUGGGCUUGGUUUUGGGGGAGGGAAGACAGGCAGGUUGCAUGUCAGCUCUGAGCUACAGAAAGUCAAGUUGCUCUGAAGUACACAGAGGCAAAGAGUGCAGGGAGCACUAAGGCCCAGGGCUUGCCACUGUAUGUGGUGAAUCCCAUGCUCAGUACCGUAGCAUCUUGGUCCCUGAGUUGCUGAACCCUAAGCACUGACACAGCUUGCUCAGAGGAGGCUUCUUCAGUGAGCUGCUCACGCAGCCAGAGAGAAAUUGUGUUGGUGUGGUGAGGGAGUGGGGUCUUCUCCUUUCCUACCUCCAUUUCCCUACUGCUUCAGCGCCUGUGCAAGCAAGUCUCCAGUCUCUCCCCAAUAAUGCUGACUGGGGCAAGGGUCAUUAUGUUCAAAGGCUGGCCCCAGUUCUCUUGCUGUUCCCAGCACUGCACCUGUGUUAAAAGUGAGGCUUAGAAAUGCUGACAUUUCUUCUUUUCCCCAACCCCCUCUGCUCUAGCCCUCUUCGGAAGAGGACCCUAGCCCAGAAGUCAGACACCAAAAUGUCCUGAUGCUUAGAGUGAAGUGGAGAAUUGCGGUCAACUGAACAAGCCAGGUCCCAGAACUAUGCAAAGGCAGUGGUGACUAACUUGACCACACUUCAGCCCCGUGGUAGAUGUCUAAAGGGGGGUGGCUGACCAAAUGAGGGUAGUGCCCUAAUUCCCUCCUUUUCAGCUACAGGGACUUUGAAAAGGGCUAGACAACCCAGAUGGGGAAGGGGUACAUCUUGAGGUUAUCAAGCCUGCCCUCCUCUUCUCUCCCCUCCCAAAAAACCAACCCCCAUCACUUGCCCCGCUUGGCUUGAAUUAAAUUCAGGGUCCCCUACAUGCUAAAGGUCAUGAAGUGAUGAUUGUACCUAGUACUGUCUCCUGCUACCCCUCAGUCUGUAGCAGAUGCUCUGGUAUGUGCUCCAUUUCCUUUAUUUUCAACGUCUUCCAUAGUGUAUGUUUCCAUGGCAAUGAUCCCUUGGCCUUAACUUUGGAAUUUGGAGACUAUAUGCAAACAUGUAAAAAGGCUCAUGAGUAUGGAUGACACUGGAAUUUUAUAAAUUCUAAAAUAAAAACCUGAAACAGC